UUUGACAGCCGUCAUAACAGUAACGAUAAAUUUAUUGAACGUAUUACUCAUAUUGUUGUUGUCAAUGCCGUAAAAAAAUCGUAUAAAUUUUCCGUCAUUUUUUCCAUUUACUGCCCCCACAUUGCGUAUCGACCUUACGACGUCGACUCCAUGUGAGGUUAGGCUGACACAGUGACAGAUAUUGGGCGAUAAAAUAUGUGCAUUUAAAACAUCUAAUACGACGAUAAGGGUCCACGAUGGUCGGAUUUAGGUGCAUUUUCGGGUUGCUCCUUGCCGAUUUCGUUCUGCAAAUCAACGCACUCCCAGAACAAGGCAAAUGGGAUGAACUGUUAACUAUGAGCCGGAGCAAUAUCAUUUUUUCAAAGAGUUUGUAUAAGGAGGCACAAAUUUUCAUUCAAAUUAAUUGUGAAUCAAAAAGUGCUCAAGAACUAGGACAUCAGCCCAAUGUGGAUAUCCGAUUCUUCAUUCUGCAGUCAGUUUGUUGGGACAGUACAGAUGUAAGACAGAGUGCUCAAGAUGUGAUCUCGAAACCGACAGACAGACAGAACGUGUCGGUGGAGUUCCAGCUGGGUCACACCUAUACCUGUAACGAUCACAUCGUCCUAAACGGCACCGAUCUCGCCGCAGACGAGAAGUCGCUGCAUCCCGGCACUCAUCCCGUCUUCGUGACGCAACAUGACGGCGUUUACGUCUUCGGCAUGUCGGCCAACACCAACGCGUCAGACUUCACCAUGAGCGUGCACUUCGACUUUCGCAACACUUACGGCUACUUGUCGGCAUCGGACUGGCCGCUGCUCCCGUUCUACGGGUUCAUGUGCGGGUUCUACGUGAUCCUCGGUUUGAUUUGGCUGGCGUUGUCGUUCUUGCAGUGGCGAGAUCUGUUGCGCGUCCAAUUUUGGAUUGGCGGUGUCAUUCUCUUGGGAAUGUUGGAGAAGGCCACCUUCUACGCCGAGUAUCAGAGCAUCAAUAACACAGGAAGUAGAGUGCAAGGAGCCGUUCUGUUUGCGGAAUGGGUCUCUUGUGCGAAAAGAACACUGGCCAGGAUGCUGGUCAUCAUCGUGAGUCUCGGCUUCGGUAUCGUGAAACCUAGGUUGGGCUCAACCUUGCACCGGGUCGUUGGGGUCGGACUUCUCUAUUUCUUCCUUGCCGCCUCUGAAGCCUAUCUGCGAAUAAUCAAGACGAAGAACGAGAACGCUAGAGAUCUAUUAGUUGCUCAAGUCCCGUUGGCAGUUUUAGAUUCGGCAAUGUGUUGGUGGAUCUUCAGCGCUUUGGUCAACACCACCAGGACUUUGCGGUUGAGAAGGAACGAAACGAAAUUAGCCCUAUAUCGUCAUUUUACAAACACUUUAAUAUUUUCAGUUGUCGCUUCCGUGUUCUUCAUGUUGUACUGCAUCAAAGUUCAUCAUUACGUCAAAUGUUUGAAAGUGUGGAAGGAUAUGUGGAUUGAGGACGCUUUCUGGCACAUUCUUUUCUCGGCACUGCUUCUAGUAAUCAUGAUUCUCUGGCGCCCUACCAAUAACAAUCAACGAUACGCUUUUGUACCCCUUUUGGACAUGGGUGAUGACGAAGAAGAAGAAGAGAGACUAGUCAGUGAUGCGUAUGGUGUCAAGGUGAGAAUACACCAUCCUAAAACCACAACAGCUCCUCAAACCAGGAACAGCAUAGAAGACGAUUUGAAAUGGCUGGAGGAGAACGUGAAGAGCGAAUCGGCCCUUCCCAUUCUUGAUUCGGAUGAAGAAUUGGUCAACACAAGGUUUGAAGUGUCAAAGAUGCAGUAGACACGUGGAUAAACGCACUUUACCUCAUGUACCUCCUUUUUUAAUCUGGCAUUAAUACAUUAAGAUCAUUACAAACAGUUCUUUUUUGUAUUAGUUAUAGGUAUUGGGCUGUUUGUGAUUUUAGCACUAUUUUAACAAGAUUAGAAAGCGUGAGCAGAUAAUUGACAAGGUUACCCUUAUGAAUGGAACUGAGUGUGUGCCAUAAGUGUUUAUAUUCCCGGUGCAAAUGUGCUUUAUCGAAAAUAAAAAUAAUAAUUUAUAUUAUGUUAAGCAGCUCCGAACACCGUCUUUAGUUAAAUGUAAAUAAUUUACAAUUGUUACUAUAAUAUUUUGCGUAUUGUAUCAGUGUGACUGAAGGAUUUUUUUACUGUGAUAGUUCUGUAUUAACCCGUCUAUUGACUUAUAAUUUUUACAGCCGCUUUAUGUUUUAAUAAAUUACUUUUUCAAUCACAGUCAUUGUAAUAUUUAUGUUUAUUAUUAUCGGUCAACAUUUCCCUUACUUUUAAGAAAUAUAAUUGUUUAAAUUU